CACGCGAUCAACAAACGGUUUUUGCACGAGACUUAGGAAACCUUUCAAAGUCCAUAUACAUACACCUUAAUAUACCUCCCUUAGUGCCGUGUACUGCAAAAACAGUGGCGUUCGUGGUGUUUACUAGCUGCUUACGAAAUCGCCCCAUGAAUACAUUUGGACGGUGUAUGUGUUUUGCUCUCGAUUUUGGCGAAUCGUCGUCGUUAUAUUUUUAUAUAUAUAAAUAUAACUGUACAAACGAGAUAACCGUGCGAUAUAUAAAUACGAAUAUCAUAUGAAUACCAACCGACAACGCGUACAAAAGAGUAAAGUAACAACGAAUAGUUUUUUGAGAUUGUAUUGUUUGCCGUGGUCCACUGCACAAUAUGAGACCGAGUGCUUCCUUAUCAUUAGUCGCAAUGUUUCAUUUGGUGCGUUCAAAGGAUUUUUAUGAAAUGGAAACUGAAUACAACAAAAAUAGUCUUCCAGGCAAAGACGUAGACGUAUCUCUAUCAUUGCACAUUAAUCGAAUAUCUGGCGUAGACGAGAGCAAAGAGGAAAUAGCUCUGGAUGUAUUUUUGCACGUGUACUGGGAAGACCCCAGGAUCUGGAUUUUGGGAAACGCGAGCCAGGUUGAGCUGACCUGGGACAAGGACCCGAAAUUCUGGAUUCCUGACCUGUACAUCAGACAAUUGAGGGAGAUGAAGGUGCUUACACUGUUCCAGGACUUGGCAUCGAUACGGCUGUACGACAACAGCACACUCCGGAUUAGCAUUGGAGCAACCAUAAUAAUCAAAUGUGACAUGGACUUUGUACUCUAUCCGUUGGACGUACAGACUUGCGCUGUAGACUUCGGCAGCUACAAAUACACGCUGAAGGACAUGAAAUUCCAUUGGAGAGACGAUCCGCUGAUUUUCCCCAGCGACUUUGGAGAUGGAUUUCGAUUGCCUCGUUACGUUGUAUCGUUUGUCACUGAUAAUCGUUUGAAUGUGAUUUAUUACGGCGAUGGUAAUCAUUCCACGGCCCGGCUGGUGAUCACCCUCAGCCGUGAACUCAGAAGUCACCUGCUAGAGAGCUACUUGCCAAGCACGCUAUUCGUCAUCAUGUCUUGGGGCAGCUUCGUAGUAAUGCCCGAAGUUGUGCCUGGCAGAAUGGUUCUACUGGUCACAACACUGCUAUCACUGGUCACCAUGUUCGAUACCAUAAGCAUACAUGGUGCUUUUGCCUACAAAUGGAACAAUGUAAAAAAGAACAACUCGCCGAGCGCGCUGGAACUGAAAUGCAUCGAAGUCUGGCUAAUAUCAUGCACUCUGUUCGUGUUCCUGGCGCUAGUCGAGUACUUUAUCGUGCUAUUCGGCAUGCGAUACGACAAACAUUGGAGGCAUAAGAAACGCGAUCUAGACGGCAGUGGAGGCAUUCCGAGCAAACCACCAUUGUUCGGUUCCAACAAAGUUCACGCAACAUCUGGAAGUGAUGUGGCUGGAGACGACGAUUCGCAGCAAAAAGUGACGACGAACAGUGGACCAGCGAUGGUUGCAUCCACCGGGAAGCUGCGAUUCCAGUUGCUCACCAGACAUAUCAUACUAUAUUGCGGUUCGCCGAGGGGAACGCUGGACCAAGUUUCGUUGGCACUGUUCCCGUUGUGCUUUAUCAUUUUCUCCGUCAUGUACUGGAUAUCGUACAUUACUGAGUCUAGGCGUAAAGCUUUGGCGUCCGUCGUCUGAACGAACGAACAAAAAUGUCAUGUGCGUACUAAUGAUGAUGAUAAUAAUCAGUAAUCAGUAAUCGAUAACCUAUAAUUGGCUGAAAUAAGUACCAAAGUACCUAACUAUAUUGUAUAAAUAAUAUAAUGUAUUAUGUAAUAUAUUACAUGUAUACAAGUAUACAAUAGUGGAACACAAUAACAUUGAAUUCUACCUAUUUCAAUUUCCGUAACCAUGGAUAUGUUCUACAGAUUACAUCAAUAAUAAUAAAAUUGUGUUAAUAUAUAUAUAAUAUAUAAAAUGAUUAAUGCAUA